AUGCCGUUCAAGCGCUACGUCGAGAUCGGAAGGGUCGCCCUCGUGAACUAUGGGAAGGACUAUGGGAAGCUCGUUGUCAUCGUCGACGUUAUCGAUCAGAACCGGGCUCUUGUGGAUGCCCCUGACAUGGUGAGGUGCCAGAUGAACUUUAAGAGACUCUCUCUCACAGACAUCACUAUUGACAUCAAGAGAAUCCCAAAGAAGAAGACACUGAUUGCUGCAAUGGAGGCUGCAGAUGUCAAGAACAAGUGGGAGAAUAGCUCCUGGGGCAGAAAAUUGAUUGUGCAAAAAAGAAGGGCUUCUCUCAACGAUUUUGACAGGUUCAAGCUCAUGUUGGCAAAAAUCAAGAGGGCUGGACUGGUAAGACAGGAGCUUUCAAAGUUGAAAAAGCAGAAUGCCUAA